AUGUCUGCUUGUGGCAGCCCGCGCAUGUUGCGGGGAUUCGAGCCGGCUUCCCCGUCAGAGUCUUUCCGCGCCCGCACUGCAUCAAGCAUGGGCUUGACCUCCGGUCGUCUCUUGCCGCCCCUCUUGCCAGCAUCAGCAGCAAGCUUGCCCAUCUUGGCUCAGCUGGGUGAUGAGGCUCCAUCGUUACAUUCGCUGGUUGACGUGUUUUGGCGGGAAUUCGAACAUAUGGCCAACGCACGUCUGGCGCACCUUGAGCUCGCUAUCAACGAGGGUGCUACUUUUGCCACGGCGCUGGGUAUCGAGGAAAACGCCGAAUUCCGUCAGCACCUAGAGUUUCUGCAUGCGCUGUGUGAUGAAAGCGCCCUGAUCAACCCCAUCUGCGAGCGCCUUUUGCACUGGAUGGACGAGCUCUCGCUCCCGCCUCGCGCCGUUGUCAGUGGGAGCCCUCGCUUGCCAUCUCACCAUCACCACCAUCACCAGGCUACCGCACUGUCCAGUUUUGAUGGCAAGACCGAGCUCGUAGCCAUUGGCAAGAACGUGCUCGCACUACAUGCCCUGCGUCGAAUUCUACGCUCCUCCGGCAACGAGACACGGCUCACAAGUCAUGUCAUGGAGCGCAUACUCACUGCUGCCAUCGCUCGAUUUGACCGUCAAGAACAAAUUUAUGGUGGAGAACACACGGGCCUAGAUGGCACCGUGGCAGACUUGGCAGCGGAGAUUGUGGGUCUGCUGUCCGAGGUUGCGUUUACUACCGUAUCAGAGCGACUGGUGCAGUACAUUUCCGAAUUGGAGGAUAGCAGCGUGGCUCAAAUGACCGUCAUAAGCUGUCUCAAGUACCUUCGUAUCAAGCUCUACCCAGCCGCUGCGCUCAACAACUGCUUUCAUUUUCUCCAGCAAUGCUGUGAGCUCUUUUUGAGCUGCAAAAAGUCCGAAUGCAAGCACGCGUGGGCUCUGCUUUUUGUAGAGCUCUUGGUGCCUGUUGCGGCGCACAUUGCAAAGGAGGUCAAUUUGUUGAUGGUCCGCAAGUUUGUCGUCAAGAUGUACGAUGCAACCGCAGAAAGCUUCAAAAAGAGCAAGCACGUCGCGCUCAAGCAGGCAUACCUUCAAUUGUUGACGGCACUGCUGUGCAUUUCGCAAGCUGACUUCUUUCAACAGCACUGGGAGUCAGUUUUGAAUGCAGCCAUCUCCAAUCUCAAAGCGGCCAAGCAGUUGCAAGAUGCAGCAUUGGAUGCCAUCUAUCGCCUGGUCUGGGUCUAUAUGGUGCGCAUCAAGGGGGAAGGCCAGAAGACCGAGGCCAAGAUCAAGUUUGUGUUGGACAGUCUUUUUCCGCCUGGCAGUAAAACCAUCAUCUGCCGUGACGCCUCGCCGCUCAUUUAUGUGCGCAUUCUGCAGUUUAUUGCCCACGAGCGCUCCGACAUUGUUUUUCGCUUCAUUCUCCACGAGAUUGGUGCAGAUAGACCCAACUCCCUCAACCUGAACCCCGAAAGAAUGAUCAUUGCUAUUCGUGCUGCCGUCGCCAUUGCUAAUCAAGCUCAAUCCAAAGAAGAACAGCCAUCCAUGCCCCUCAUGUUCGAGCGAGCGUCGGCUAUGGGGGGCACCGGGACGUCCAACGCUACCGAACUGCGCUCUCAGCGAUUGCUUACAACAUCAUUCUUGACUCCCGAGGCUGCAGCCCAGAGCGGCCUGGCCAGUUAUUUGGACCCACUGCGCAAGCAAUUGGCGGCCAUCCUCACACAACUAGAUGCGUUGAUCGUUCAACCGUACUUGUUGACCCGCAGUGGGGACGAAGUGUCCACAGUGCACGCCCAAUUGCUCACUCAGCACCGACGCCUCCUCGAACUUUAUCGGAAUGCCCUUCUUGCUGUGCCACGCUUCUUUGACCUGGCUCACCCGACGACAGACGUGAUUGACUUUGUGUUACACGGCACCAUCCAUGUGGACGCCGAGGUCCGCCGCCUUGCCUCCACAGUCCUUCAGUGUAUGCUGCGCAAUCACCCAGGCCAGCGAGCCAGCUUGAUGCAACGCCUCGUGGGCUUUUUCGUGCACACGGUGCCUUUUGGUGAAACAUCGAGUUUUGAAGUGGCCGUCAAGAUCUUGAUUUAUACGAUCCGUCAAUGGACACGCACCCUGGACGAGGAGGCCAUUCCGCCAGACGGUGCCAACAAGGCUGCUGCGGUUGCCGCGGGAGUCGUGGGCUCAGAGAUCAUUGCUCCCCAUAGUGAUCUCAUUGACCCCUCGUUCUCCUCCAUGUCAGUCACAGGUCCCAUCUCCUCCAUGCAAGGCUACGAGCCAGCGCACGAGGAUGGAACGGCGGCGCGGCCCACCGGAGCCAGCAGCCCGCGCGUGCUUCCACUACGCCUGUCACGUCGCCGUCUGCAGAAAAUGCAGGAGAAAAGGACGCCCGGCUUGGCGGUUCCUGGCGUUAGUGGUCUGGGCAACCUUGAAGAACAUGCGGGCACCCACAAGAGCACGCCCACAGAGUUCCGCGAUGCCAUGAUCGCGAUUGAAGCCUUUCUACUCGUGAGUCUCUUCAAUGCGCGCGUGGCCAUUCGCAAGCUGGCCCUGCUGGCGGGCCGCGAGCUUCAUGCUCUAACGGCCGCGCUGAAGCGCCACCAUGGAUAUCGUCUUGAUCACCACUGUCAGCUGCACUCUUGUUUACGGCCCCGAAUCUUACGGGCCCACCGCUCCUCCACUGAGGCCCACCACCAACAAGGCCCACCGACGGAUGUCACUGCAUCAUUAGACGUGGCACCACCCCUGUCACCCUUUUCCCACAUCCUCGACACAUCAAUUUCUUCGCUGUCCCGCGCUACCCGAAGUGAGGGUGCAUUGAGUGAGCUCAUGACUUCGGGCACCCCGGGCAGUGACUCCCCCGAUGAUCUUUGGACACAGGCAUUGUGCCAGGUCCUCGUAGAGCCAGCCACCCGCAGUCAUUUAACCAUGUUACCAAGGGCUUGGAUGUUCGCUGCUCAUAUGGUGCACUCGCGCAGCAUCAUCUCGGACGAGGACGGUGCUUGGAAUUACGAAAAGGUCAAGCUCAGCCCACAGGUGACAACCACCGCCAGCCGCAGCUUUGCUGGCCUCCUUUCUUUCCUGUUUGCCGUGGCAGACCUCGUGACACCGGAUCCUCAUGCGCAAGCAGACCCAUACUUGGACCGAUACGCGCCCAGCCAGGCGGGCACGGGACUCAAUCACCAACGGCCCGACGUGCCACGGACCGCCGCGGACAUGUUUCAGUACGUAGCACCUUUCAUGAAAAGUGAUCAAGCAGGCAUUCCGCGUGCCAUUGUCUUUGGCUGCAGCGUGCUGGCCUCGUCCCUGGUUCCACGUUGGCUCCAUGCUGUAUCUCCCUAUCUACGCGAGGUGACCGACGUCCGGUCUGAAUCUUCCCGCAAAAAACGGCGGCGGGAUGCAUUGCGUUUCACCGUGUGCAACGCUCAGCUUGCCCUGUCUGCUGCCAUGGGUCGUUGCUUGGAUCGUCAAGGUCUUGAGGGCGAUGAAAUUCUUGCCACGUAUCUACACGCCUACUUUGACGGGUUGCGCAUCUUCUUUGAGAUGUCCGAACACUCGGACGACGCAGCCAUCCAGCGGCUGCGGGCCCUGUUCUUCAAAACAAUUUCAUGCCUGAGCGACGCCAUUACGGUUGAGUCCGUGCAUACCGUCGCUUUUCCUGCCACACUGCGCCAUGCCCUGUACGCGCUGUGCGUCAAGCAUGCAUCUACCGCCGCCUACGCCCUACCUCCGACGCCUGGGACGACUGACGCCUUACGCGCCAGCUUGGCCAUCUCAGCUUGCGAGGCCGUGGCACACUUGUGCCGCGGGCCGGCCUUUGAACCGGAGGCAAGCUUGAUCACGCCUGGGUAUCUGCGUCACUUUUGGCUUGAUGCAUUGAAGUCGGGCGUCGAGCCGGUUUGCAACGCCGCUCAAACUGGACUCUUCUGGCUCUGCUACUGCAACUCCGAGCCCGCCGUAGGUGUUCUCACAUGGGUCACCGACCUUGCAUACACGCUUAAGCACUCCCGUGGUCGAGAUGCCUGCUUCGCUGCCAUGUGUCAAGCGGCAGCCGAGAAGUCGAGCAGCUUUCUGCCACACGUGCAACACUUUGUUCUUCUCUCGCUCUUCGCUUUGGCAGAGGAUGCUACCACGCGGGCUGCUGCCUUUCGAGCACUGGCCCACCUGGCCCAAAGCGUUCUUCCAACCGAGCCUUACGGCUUUGCUCGGCUUGUCUUCGAGCCCGCUCGUGAGGACAUUGACGUUUCCGCUGAGCUCGUCCUGGUCGUGAAUGAGCAAAUGACUUUGCUGCGCCCCGAUUGGCCGUUGGCCGUAAUCGCCGAGUUGGUGCACCGCCUUGCUAUGGCUGUGCCCGCUGAGCGCAGUCAUUUGGCUCGUUUACUCACCAUAUGGUGUCGGGCCCUUCCAAGACAUGCGGCUUCGGGCCCAGUUGAUCGGCGACGUUGGGAGGCAGCUCUGGUCGAAAGCCUCUUGCACCUGUCUGUGCGCACCUCAGAUCUGAGUGUUGCCAUUGCGGGCAUCUUUGCAGACUGGGGCACCGAUCGGGGUCAGUGGAGUCGUUUCGUAAUGACGCAUGCGCUCUCUCUCGUUGGCCAGUUUCGCAACGAGCGCUUGAUCGGGGUCGUGCGAGGCGUGCUUCACGCGAUGGCCGCCCACAAUGCCUCUGAUGUCCUUGACUGCCUGGUUGAGGCUGCGACCAACGAGAAUCCCACAACUCCCUCUAUGCAGUCUCCCAGCAGUCGGGCUUCUAUGGAUAUGAGCAGUGCCACGGUUGAGGCCGGGUUGAAUGAGGGCGAGCCAGCGGACGCUUUCUUUGGGGACACCUAUCUCGACAUUCCCCUGACCAAUCUCAGGUUGCAAGACCUGAUGUCAUUCAGCGGCGAGGAGGACGAGUGUUACUGUCCCGCUCUCCUUUUUUUGGCUGACCUGGCCCUGCAGCAUCCUCGUCAAUCUGUGUGGAUGCGCGCGCUGCCGCGCCUCGUGCAUGCUGCAGUGUUGCGCCUGGAUCACCCGGACGCUGUUUUGCGCUCACACGUUCAUGACGUGCUCCGCACUCUUGCCGUGCUUCUCCACUGCGAAAAGCAAGGUGGGGAGGGUUCCACGGCGGGCAAUGUGACAGGGCCAGGGUCGGAUGGGGACGUGCUUGGGUUUGCUUCUCGAGACACGGACGCACAUAGCGGCGAUGAUGGCGUGAACAGUGGCACUUUCGGUCGGAGCUUGACGGCACCGGGGACGCCCCUCACGCCCCGAUCCUUGCAUCGAAGCCUCACCUCCCUGGGCGGCACUGGCUUGGUGGCCUCACCACCGGGCACCGAUUGCAAACUUACAGAAGUCGUGCAGACCUUGCAGCUAGCAGACCUAUUUGGUGAAGAUGUCUUGGGCAGUGCUGCCCUUGCCAUCGACACCGGGCCCGCAUUCUCUGCCUUCUGCGAUCGUCUUUGCGAGUUGUUUGAGCCGGCAGCACACACACGAGAGGCACCAAGUCUUGCUGAUACAACGAUGGGGCGGCCUGACAGUAGCUCGGUCCGUGCCAGCUCUUUUCGUGAGCUGUGGGGCGUCAUGGCGCUGCGACAAGCCGUGGGAAGCUCCAUCACUCAGCUUGCGCUUCGAUCCUUCCGGGUGGUGCAGUUGCUCUUGCCGCCGUUUAGCCUCAAGCAACUGAGCGAUAUGUUGGUUCGCCUGGCCGAUGUGGCAGGCAAUACGCUUCGGGAUGCGCAGAUGUACGUGAGCGAGGUUACGCGAACAAUUGGUUCAUUUAUUGCCGAUACUCGCACCCAGCCCUCGCAGUAUGGCCGGCAGAUCCAACGCACGGCCGUCAGCCACGUGUUUUGGGCGGCUGUAGCUCUGCUGGAGAGCAACGUGCCCACAGAGUUUGAAGCCGGUGCAUCACUGCUUCUUGAGUUGCUCAAGGCUGCCACCGGGGAGGGAUGGGACAAUUCGGGCCACGCUGCAGAUGGAAUCUUUGAUGAAGAAACUGCUCACCUCAUUUGCGAGCUAAAGGACAAGGUAGAGCAAGACGUCGAGCUGCCGGAUGUCGUCCUUCUCUGCCUGCGUGGUCCUUUCGCUGGGUGCCCACCUCCUGUUCUUCUCGAGUUGCUAACCUUGUUGGCCGAGAAUGCGCAUUCUGACAUCCUGGGCAGCAACGACGGCCAGCUCUUCCUCGUACUGACCUUGACCUCGAGUUUGGCGCCUCACUUGGAUGACAUUGCCAAUGCCCCGGCCUUGGAGCGGCGCUGUGCGGCAGCGCUAAGCCGUCUCUGUCAGCCACGUAGUUCUCGCCUGGGUCGAGUGUUCCAGUUGUUUGCGGACGGCACGUACCCCAAAGACGGCAAGUCGUGGCUAGGUGACUUCGCCAAGUUUUUUGCUGGCGCAUUUUUUCCAGACCUGGAGCUGCCCACCUUCAUGUUCCUGGUGCGACUGCUCGACCGGCACCCGGCCGGCCGGAGCCUGGGUUGUUUGGACGUAAUUUCUGCGUUGAUGCAGGCUGUGCGCGCCGAAGGUGCUCGCCUGCGACCCUUUGCAGCUGAUGUUGCAGCUGUCGUGGUGCGACUGCAGCGGGACCAUCAGUGGAGUGAGGCGACCAUGCUCAUGACGGCCGGUCGGCACCUCUUCAACGACAGCGAAUUACCAACGGAAGAGGAGAGUGCCGAUUCUAGCAAUGACCAUAAGCAGGCAAUGCAGGCGCUCUCCACCGUUGUGCUGCCCUUUUUAGGGUCUCGCAAUCACGCACACGUGGGGUCGUCCCGCACACAAGCGCGCCUUGGUCAGCUCUUGGCGGCCAUUGGGCACCAGCAACACAGCCAGUCAGCACUGCUGUUUCGUGCUACACAAGAGGCCGAGGACGCAGAUUGGGAGGUGCCGGAUGAGCCAGAGACCGACCCUGCAGCCCCGGAAAGCGACGUGGAAAUCGAAGCCGAUCAAGACUUGCAUGAAUUCUUCAACGACUUUGCCUUUUUGGAGCAUGCUCUCACCGGGUCAUCGCGCGACCCCUUGGACACCUCUCGCGGCGACUCGCCUAGCGAGACAGGAGGUACUGCCUUAUCGCCAUCUCCGCCGUCGUCAGGUCCAGGGGCUGCACCAGAUACUCCACCCAGUUUUGCCAAUCUGCCCACUGCCGCGGAGGCGGGAGCUUCUACGGGCCCUGGUGGAUCGCCCUCAAUCGAAGAGCGCCGGCGGCGGCUCUUGCGCACCGCUCGCGCCAGUAGUAGCCGCCACAGUCGCUCAGCACCCUCGCUCAGCAUGCGCCCACGCACCCUUCCAGAGGUGCCCGGCGGCCACCCGCCGAGCCCGCUUGGCCCAGGAGCGGGUCGACAAUCAUCGUCUAUGGAUGAGGAGCUCUGCAGCCGCCAUCUGAGCUCACUGCCGUCUCAGCCACUAGACGAGCUGGAUUGGAUGCGCUUGGCGCACUCGAUGCUUUUGCAUAUGGAUCGCUGCGCCCUCGUCAACGCCGCCUAUUAUUUUUCCCAUGCUGCUGAGGUUUUGCUUCAGCGUCACGUGGCUUUGUUCCGUGACGUGCUCAAGAUGGGGCUGGAUUUGGACACCGAAACUCAAACGGCUGGCACCAGUGUGAUGGAACGCUUGACCGAGCUUCCGCCCUUGCCUAUGAUCAUCAUGCGUGAUGGCGUGCUUGACGACGACACCGUGCGCGAGUCGCUCGUCCAAGUGUGCUAUCGUCUCCAGGAUGAUUUGGAGACUUACGUUUCUCGGCGAGAGGAAGUGUCUGUGGAGCUAGGGCGCUUGCGUGCCUCACUGCGCCGCCGCGAAUCGGCCCAUCGCCUGCCAGCUGCCUCUGCUGCUACAUCUUCUGUGUUGAAGCACGGCCUGUGUCAGGACGCCUGCAAACUGACGCACCGAAUGACGGGCCUCCUGGGCAAUUUUUCGCGUGUGUGGGCGCUCUUUGGCGCCUACUGUGUGCGCCAUCCAGAGCGCAACAAAAGUGUAGUGAUUCAGGAGCUAUGGAAUCGCAUUGUGCGCGAGCUGGAUGACGACUGUGUCCCCAUUAUGGUGGAUUCUCAACCUUUGAGUGCCGACACAGAAUUGGUAGCGCUGCAAAACAACCUGGAGGGCGGCAACAUCAAGCAAGCCCAGCGCUUGCUUCGAGGUUUCCGGGCGGCGGGUGCAGAUGCAGCUUUGGGUCAUCAGCAGCUGAGCGAUCUCGAGACGCUGGUGUUGAUUGCGAUGCCCAAGCUACUGUCUGGUGGUGCCGACAUUGGUGUGAUUGGUGUGCCCCAGAUCCAGUAUAACACGACCCUCGAGACACUCGAGCGAGAGUUACUUCAGUACGCGCGUUUACUUGAGGGCGGCAACGAAAAGCCAACUCUGACACCCUUUGAGUAG